GUUCACCCUCAGCAGCACCGGCUUCUUUUUGAAGUGUUUGAUGAAAAUCGAUUGCCCUUAACAUGUUUGGAAAUGAGAAGAAAUGGCACAAAGCUUACGAUUGCACUUUGCAGCCAGAAGAAGCAAUACUUAUCCUGUGUCAGAAACCUCUGGAGAUGAUUCGGAUAGCAGUGUUCACAUGUGCUUCACGAGACCAACACGGAUUUCAACGUCUAAGGUGGUUCAAAUGAAGCUGACUCCCAGACAGACUACACUACCUCCGUUAAUAAAGGAAAACGUUAAGUCUCAGGAAGGAUCAUCUGUUCCUUCACCUGAAAAUGUUAAUAAAAAGAGCAGCUGUCUGCAGAUUUCACUACAGCCAACAAGGUACAGUGGAUGUCUUCAGUCUGGCAAUGUCUUAGCUGAUGGUGAUGAUGCUUCAUUUACUUGUGUCUUGAAGGAUGGCAGUGCUGUGGUUGAUAAUGAACUGAAUGCUGUGGAUGAUGGUAACCUCUUGAGCAGUCCUGCCAUUUGCAGUGGUAGCCUUAGUCACUUCUCAGCCAGUGAGAAUGGGUCUUAUAGCAGCAACGGUAGUGAUUAUGGGUCAUGCACAAGUAUUACCAGUGGAGGUUCAUACACCAACAGUAUCAUCAGUGAUAGCAGUGGUUAUACUUUUCCACCAACUGAUGAUACCUUUUUUGGUGGAAAUUCAUCUUCUGACAGCAUCUCCAAUAGAAGUUUGCCAAACAGGAAUACUACUCCAUGUGAAAUUUUUUCGAGAAGUAGAAGUACAGUUCCCUUUGUCCAGCAUGACCUGGAUCGUGGACUAGAGAUUAUGAAAUUGCCAGUGAGCAGGAACUCGAAAAUUCCACUAAAACGUUGUUCAUCCUUAGUCAUUUUUCCUAGGAGUCCUUCAAAUACCCCACCAACUUCUCUAACAAGUACAGGUACUCCUCCAAGCAAAGGAUCCUAUCAGACCUCACACCAGUUUAUUAUUUCUCCUAGUGAAAUUGCCCACAAUGAAGAUGGCAGUAGUGCUAAGGGAUUUCUUUCAACAGCUGUCAAUGGACUUCGGUUAUCUAAAACAAUCUGUACUCCCAGAGAAGUAAGAGACAUACAACCUCUUCACAGCUCAUUACAAAAGAAAAUUGUUAUUGCAAAUAAUAGUCCAAAUCAGACUGUCUGUGAAAAGUCAUCUGAAGGAUAUUCUUGCGUUUCAGUGCAUUUCACCCAACAAAAAGCAACUGCAUUAGAUUGUGAAACAGCAAAUGGUGAUUGUAGACCAGAGAUGUCAGAAAUUAAGCUUAAUUCUGAUUCAGAGUAUAUUAAGCUUAUGCACAGGACAUCUGCAUGUUUACCAUCUUCCCAAAAUGUAGAUUAUCAAAUAAAUAUCAAUGGACAGUUGGAAAGACCACAUUUACAGAUAAACAAAAACCAUGCUUUUUUACAAAGAAGUAUUUCAUUGGGAGGAACUUAUCCAAAUGUUUCCUGUUUAUCCAGCCUUAAGCACAAUUGUUCUAAGGGGGGACCAUCUCAAUUACUCAUAAAGUUUGCAUCUAGAAAUGAAGGUAAAGUUGAUAAUUUAACAAGAGACAGCAACAGAGAUUUCACAAAUGAACUAUCUAAUUCUUUACAGCAUUCUUGUAAGCAUGUGGAACUUCCCCCACCAGGAAUUGAACCCGUGCCCCCUGCAGUGGAAGUGCAGAGUCUUAACCACUGGACCACCAGGGAAGUCCCUGGACCAAUUUUUAUUCAGCGUGUUCCUCACCAGUUUACAAGAGAUGAUUUCCUAGGUCAAGUGGAUGUUCCUCUUUAUCCAUUACCGACAGAAAAUCCAAGAAUGGAGAGACCAUAUACAUUUAAGGAUUUUGUUCUUCACCCAAGAAGUCAGAAAUCAAGAGUUAAAGGUUAUCUGAGAUUAAAAAUGACUUACUUACCUAAAACCAGUGGCUCAGAAGAAGAUAACACAGAACAGGCUGAGGAAUUAGAGCCUGGCUGGGUGGUUUUGGACCAACCAGAUGCUGCUUGCCAUUUGCAGCAGCAACAAGAGCCUUCCCCUCUACCUCCAGGAUGGGAAGAGAGGCAGGAUAUUCUUGGAAGGACCUACUAUGUAAACCAUGAAUCCAGAAGAACACAGUGGAAAAGACCAACCCUUCAGGACAGCCUAACAGAUGCUGAGAAUGGUAACAUUCAGCUGCAAGCCCAGCGUGCAUUCACUACCAGGCGGCAGAUAUCUGAGGAAACAGAAAGUGCUGACAGCCGAGAGUCUUCCGAGAACUGGGAAGUUAUAAGAGAAGAUGAAGCCACCACGUACAGCCAUCAGGCCUUCCCCUCAUCUCCACCAUCAAAUAACUUGGAUGUCCAGACUCAUCUUGCAGAAGAAUUGAAUGCCAGACUCACUGUUUAUGGAAAUUCAGCCACUGGCCAGCCAGUAUCCAGCUCAAAUCAUUCCAGCAGAAGAGGCAGCUUACAAGCCUAUACUUUUGAGGAACAGCCUACACUUCCUGUGCUCUUGCCUACUUCAUCUGGAUUACCACCAGGUUGGGAAGAAAAACAAGAUGAAAGAGGAAGAUCAUAUUACGUGGAUCAUAAUUGCAGAACUACUACCUGGAUAAAGCCCACUGUACAGGCCACAGUGGAGACCAGUCAGCUGCCGUCAAGCCAGGGUUCUUCUGCAGGCCCUCACCCACAGGCCCCCACGAGUGACGCAGCACAGCAGGUGACCCAGCCAUCUGAAGUGGAGCAAGGAUUCCUUCCCAAAGGCUGGGAAGUCCGGCAUGCACCAAACGGGAGGCCUUUCUUCAUUGACCACAACACCAAAACCACCACCUGGGAAGAUCCAAGACUGAAAAUUCCAGCUCAUGUGAGAGGAAAGACAUCACUUGAUUCUUCCAAUGACCUGGGGCCUUUACCUCCAGGAUGGGAAGAAAGAACUCACACCGAUGGAAGAAUCUUCUACAUAAAUCACAAUAUAAAAAGAACGCAAUGGGAAGAUCCUCGGUUGCAGAAUGUAGCAAUAACUGGACCAGCAGUGCCCUACUCCAGGGAUUACAAAAGAAAGUAUGAGUUCUUCCGAAGAAAGUUGAAGAAGCAGAAUGACAUUCCAAACAAAUUUGAAAUGAAACUUCGCCGUGCAACUGUCCUUGAGGACUCUUACAGGAGAAUUAUGGGGGUCAAGAGAGCAGACUUCCUCAAGGCUAGACUAUGGAUUGAGUUUGAUGGCGAAAAGGGACUAGAUUAUGGAGGAGUCGCCAGAGAAUGGUUCUUUCUGAUUUCGAAGGAAAUGUUUAACCCUUAUUAUGGGUUGUUUGAAUAUUCUGCUACGGAUAAUUAUACCCUACAGAUAAAUCCCAACUCUGGAUUGUGUAAUGAAGAUCACCUCUCUUACUUCAAGUUUAUUGGCCGGGUAGCUGGGAUGGCAGUUUAUCAUGGCAAACUGUUGGAUGGCUUUUUCAUCCGACCAUUUUACAAGAUGAUGCUGCACAAGCCAAUAACACUUCAUGAUAUGGAAUCAGUGGAUAGUGAGUAUUACAAUUCACUAAGAUGGAUUCUUGAAAACGAUCCAACAGAACUGGACCUCCGGUUUGUCAUAGAUGAAGAACUUUUUGGACAGACCCAUCAACAUGAGUUGAAAAACGGCGGAUCAGAAAUAGUCGUCACCAAUAAGAACAAAAAGGAAUAUAUUUAUCUUGUAAUACAAUGGCGAUUUGUAAACCGAAUCCAGAAGCAAAUGGCUGCUUUUAAAGAGGGAUUUUUUGAACUGAUACCACAGGAUCUUAUCAAAAUUUUUGAUGAAAAUGAACUAGAGCUUCUGAUGUGUGGCUUGGGAGAUGUCGAUGUGAAUGACUGGAGAGAACACACAAAGUACAAAAAUGGCUACAGUGUAAAUCAUCAAGUCAUCCAGUGGUUUUGGAAGGCUGUUGUAAUGAUGGACUCAGAAAAAAGAAUACGAUUACUUCAGUUUGUCACUGGCACAUCCCGUGUGCCUAUGAAUGGAUUUGCUGAACUGUAUGGCUCAAACGGACCACAGUCAUUUACAGUUGAGCAGUGGGGCACCCCUGAGAAGCUGCCAAGAGCUCAUACGUGCUUUAAUCGCUUGGACUUGCCACCGUAUGAGUCAUUUGAAGAAUUAUGGGAUAAACUUCAGAUGGCCAUUGAGAACACUCAGGGUUUUGAUGGCGUUGAUUAGAUUACAAGUAACAAUCUAUGGUGUUUUACUCCCGCUUUUUUAUAAGCAAAAUCUUGACUUAAAAUUUUCCAGGGAACUACUAACCCUUGGCCAUUGAUGCUUCCCAGAUAUUGGAGAAAAUCACGUCAAAGAAUUAGAAGAAGUAGUAUGACAACUUUUCCAUUAUUUCAUUCACUUAUAUAAGGUGUUGCUUUUACGCAGUUGUUUUGUUCUACCUUGAGUUCACCCUCUAGGAUAUAAGUCCUGUGUGCCUGAAAUCGUGAGUUUUGUCCUUGACAUUUACCUCUUUUACAGUAUUUGCCAGGCAGUUUCUUAAACUACUGAAAUUAUAACUGUGAAAUAUUUGUGAUAAGUGUCAUGUGUGAAAAGUUUGAUGCUUUUUGAGAAGGAAACUGAAAUUGGGGAAAAAAACUUUAAUAUUGAGUACACUACAAUAUACUCAGUGCUGCCUGCAGCUAGUUAUUAUUUUGUAGACCUGCCUACUGCACGUUACUGCCCAGAUUUUUGGAAAAAUCUUAGAAAGUAUGUUACCUAUAUUUUUAGUCAACUGAUUCACUUGCAAAAAGCUGUUUACUUCUUCGUUUUAAAAAGCAUUUGGCUUUUGUUAAUAUGUGGUUUUACUAAGCAAGGUGGUUCAUAAGACGUGAAGCAAAUUCAAAUUUGCGAAGGGUUAAAGGUAUUAACGCCUCCCUCUUGCCUGUACAUCCUUAUGGUUCAUUGGUAGAAUCAUCACUCUUUACUGUGUUAGUUUAGUUAAAAGAAUUCCUUCUUCAAACUAAAGCUUGACAAAGCAGUAUUCCUAAAUAAGCCUUGAAGAACUAAGUUAAAUGUAUAACACUUGCCUUUACUAGUCAUUCUUUACUCUUGCACAAUUAUGUAGUAAAUAUAUGUUUACAGGGUUUAUUAUGUUUACAGAUUAAGCUAAUCUCUGCAGUUGCAUUUUUAUAUUUUUAGUAUUUCACUUUAGUCAAAAAAAAACCAAAUAAUUUGUUAAAAAUAACCAAAGAAUAGUUAUAAUGCAUAAUUUGUAUUAAAUUACCCUAUUUCUUAUGCUUUUUUAAAAACCUAUUUACUAUGAAAAUGUUUUGCUAUAAAUCCAAAACUCUUUAGGCAAAAUGCUACAGAUAGACUCCGACUUUAGCCAAACUGAAGUACAUAAAAAUCCUGUGCAUGCAUUCAGUGAAGGUUUACUGAAUGCCUGCGAGGUGCAUAGCUCUAUCUAGGCCCUGGGGUAAAGGUUGUCAGCUUCAAAGAAAUCUAGCUGAGUCCCCAUCCUCAAGGAACUUAGAGAUGUGUAAAGGAAUUUUCAAACAAUCAAAAGUCGGGGUGAGCAGAAUAAGGCAAAAGGGAAAGUGUUCCAGUGCACCUGCAAACAUAAGUGUGCCAAGACUGUAUUUAUAUAUUUUAUACCUACAUUGGAAUGAUUAUAUAGAAAAUGCUCUUGCAAAAAGAUAAAGCUAUUUCUCAAUAUGGUAUCUUCGUGAUUUAGGGGUAAUUGUAAAUAUAUGUUAUUAAUCUUCUUAAAUACAUACAUACAUAUAUAUAUAUAUAUAUAUGCAUAUUCUGAGAGUUGUAAGAAGUGCAUCUGGCUCUUGGUUAAAGUUUGUUGGGGUCUAACACAAUGGGUACCAUUCAGCACCUGGUAGGGAUCUCCCAUGUGACAGAGGCAAAACCACUUUCCAAACAGCACAUCAGCAACUCAGCUUAGGGAGAGUAAUUCACAGAUCUGUGUACCCUGUGUCUUAUCUUCACCUUGCUAACUAGCAUUCAGGGGAGACCACCAGGUGUAGCCCUAAUUUUAUCACUUACCAAAUGUUUAAACUGAAGCAGCAUACUUCACCUCUCUGGGCUCCUGGUUCUUCACCUGUCAAAGGAAAAUAAUCAUGCGCACUCUCAUUGUCAUGUAAGAUUAUCGUAAAUUCCAGAAAGAUGCUUUGUAAAGUAUCAUACGAUCAGAAGGUGCCUUGUGCUGACCAUCAGAUUUUGUCAAAUCAGGUGUGAACACAAACUACACUCCCAAAGAAAAAUCUCUUCAUUUAAAAAUAAAAUGACUGCUGACAGACAAGGAAGUAGGAACAUCUCUGAUAUUGAAUAUAUACAGAUAUACAUAUGCAUGUUUAUCUGUACAUGGAUCUUACCAUCAGAAUUCAUUUUUUCCACAUGAGCAAAGUAAUAUUAAUAUGGGCCAAUGCAUUUUGGAAUGUUCUCAUUAUGUAGAACUGAAUGUGAAAACUAUUUUUGUUAAAACAAGAUUUUACCACAUGACUGUUUAAAUAUCGCUUCUGUGAAAUACAGCAGAUAUCAGAGCCUGAGAAAAUAUAAAGCUUGCUUUUCGUCCGACUCAUUCACUUGGAUGAUUCUGUGACUCAGAUAAAACAGGGUGUUAAAGAGACCAGACACUCCCAACCAGCCCCCAGCCACAGACCAUCAUCUCCCAGGUGUGCACUGAUGGUCCAAAAGGAACCUGUAUCAAGCAACACAGCCCCUCAUCCCAGAUAGCAAAGUUUCUCAAAUGCAUUCUACGGCUGGAAGUAAAUAGGGUCAUUUAUGUAAAGCAAGGACGUCGGGUUUUUUUUAGAAUUAUAAGCACAUAAUUUUAGCCUAUUAUUUUCUCUGUAAUCAAACAAAUUUUAACAGACAUAAAAUUGUGCUACAAAUGCAUUUCAUCCUAAUUUAAAUGGUUAUUUGUUUUCAUUUUUUAUUUAUAAUGCUGAAAUUAUUCCAGAGAAUUAUCAAGUUAAACAAUUCGUUUGGAU